AUGCCAAACAGUCCUAUUCUUUUCUUCACUACCGUCCUACUUGCCCUUGUCUUCAGCAUGGGCGAGGCAACGCAACCGUACGACGUGUCGUCGUCGAACACCUCGCACAUCAACUACACCACCGUCACCGGCUAUUUCCUCCAAGACGACCCGGCCACAGACCCAAGCACCUUUGACUACACCAAACUCAACCUCGGCCUCAUAAACCGCACCUACCCCAGCGACGACACCUUCCCAUCACCCUCCCCCUCCUCCCCCUCCACCACCCAAGCGACGCCCUCGACCCCCCCAACCCAAUGGCAGCGCUUCGCCCACCACGUGUCGCAACUAAACCGGCACGCCGCCCCCACCGUGCGCUACAAAGUGCUCGUCAUGGGCCGGCACGGCGAGGGCGACCACAACGUCGCCGAAGCCUUCUACGGCACGCCCGCGUGGGACUGCCACUGGAGCCUGCGCGACGGCAACGGCACGAGCGUGUGGGCCGACGCGCGGCUCACGCCCGCGGGCGUGGCGCAGGCGCGCGUCGCGCACGCGUUUUGGGCGGGUGCGCUGGGGGCGGGUGGCGAUGAGGGAAGUGCGCGGAUCCCCGCGCCUGAGAGGUACUACGUCUCGCCGUUGGCGAGGUGUUUGGCUACGGCGGAGCAUACGUUUGGUGGGUUGGAGGAAGGGGGGUUGUUGCCGCCGGGAAGGCCGUUCAGGCCGGUUGUGAAGGAGUUGUUGAGGGAGUCGUUGGGGCUGCAUACGUGCGAUCGGAGGAGCUCGAGGACGUGGAUCGCGGAGAAUUAUCCCGGGUGGGAGAUUGAGGAGGGGUUUGCGGAGGAGGAUGAGCUGUGGAGCGCUACAUUGCGGGAGUCGUCGACGGCACAAAUCGCCCGCCUCAAAACUUUCCUCGACGACAUAUUCACGCACGACCCCGACAGCACCUUCAUCUCCCUCACCAGCCAUUCCGGCUCCAUCCGUUCCCUGCUGAAGGCCGUCGGCCACCGCGACUUCUCCCUCCUCACCGGCGCCGUCAUCCCCGUCCUCAUCCGCGCCGAGACGCUGCUCGGCCCCGCGCCGCCGACGACCAUCGACCCGCCGACCACGGCCCCGACUUGUACGGUGGAUCCGACGGCGGCGGCGGGGAGUGGGGCUGUGUAG